AUGUCGAUUUAUCGUUGCAUCCGCAGCGUGGCCGUGCUUUGUGCGCUGGCCUUGCUGGCUAGCGCUACCACCGUCGAGUGUGAAGAUAACACCACUGCAGAGGGAUUGGACAGAGAACUGUCAGAUAUGGUACUGACUACGGCAUUGGGAAAAAUACGUGGCACAUUGUUGCCCUCUCAAGUUGGGCGUAAUUUUUAUGCUUUUCGUGGCAUACCAUAUGCCAAACCACCUGUGGGAGCGUUACGCUUUAAACCGCCUGAACCGGUAGAUCAAUGGUUUGACAUUUUCGAUGCCACCUUCGACGGGCCGCGUUGCCCCCAACCAGGUUUAUACAGAGACGAUGUUUCCGAGGAUUGCUUACGAGUGAAUAUCUACACGCGUGAUUUGCCCACCGAGAAGGAACCGAAUGUGAAGAAACCGGUAAUUGUAUUCAUACACCCAGGUGGAUUUUACGCACUAUCGGGACAAAGUAAAAAUUUCGCCGGACCGCAGUAUUUCAUGGAUCGGAAUAUUUUAUUGGUAACAUUUAAUUAUCGACUAGGAUCGCUCGGCUUUCUAAGUACGGGCACUGAAGACGCGCUCGGCAAUAUGGGUUUGAAAGAUCAGGUUAUGCUUUUACGUUGGGUAAAACUUCAUAUAUCACGUUUUGGUGGUGAUCCGAACUCAGUGACUCUUCUGGGAUAUGGCGCCGGCGCUAUAAGCAUUACAUUGCAUAUGGUUUCGCCAAUGUCUAGAAAUUUAUUUCACAGGGUUAUCGUUAUGAGUGGAUCGGUCACCGGGCAAUGGCCUUUGCCAAUGGAACAAUUGGAUUUAGCUACACGUCAAGCGGCUUUGCUGCACUGUACGACGGAGAACUUAGCGGAUAUGAUGAGUUGCUUGAAUUCGAAACAUUACCUCGAAUACGCCAACAGUUUACCACAUAUGUUCGAGUUUGGACGCAACAAUCCGUUAAUCUUGUGGAAACCAGUUAUAGAACCAGAUUAUGGGCAGGAACGAUUUAUCACGGAGGAUCCAGUGUGGUCUUAUCAAAAUGGAAACUUUAUGAAAGUGCCGAUUUUAACGGGCGUAACGAAGGAUGAGUUUGCCGGACAAGCUAUAUCGAUUCUAGAAAACCCCCGUCUAUUACAAACAUUUGCGCACAACUUCGAGCAAAUAGCACCAAUUUGUUUCCUAUACAAUGCGGAUAGUCCACGUUCACAAAAUAUUAGUAUGGAAUUAAAGAAUGCAUAUUUUGGACAAGAAUCCUUGGAAUAUGCUGCUGCAUUGCAACCACUAGUAGAGCUUUUCUCUGAUGCCUUAACUGGUUUUGGUGUGCAUCGUUUCGUGCAUUUGGCCGCGCGCUCUACGAAGGUGUUCUACUAUCGUUUCAGCUAUCAGGGACAACGCAGCCAUAUUUAUUACCCCAGUAAUAAGCCAUUCGGUGUUGUGCAUCAUGAUGAUCUAAUGUAUUUGUUUGUGGAACCGUCAGUGAGUCGCAUGUUUACGGAGGACGAUGAGGAAUUUAAAAUUGUCGAUAAAUUAACUAGAAUGUUCACAGCGUUUGCUUAUAAAGGUGACCCAAAUAAACAGAGUGAUGGCAAAUUGCGCGAUAUACGUUGGCGUGCUUUCAGCUUCAAGCGUCAGCACUACUUGGACAUUGGUGAGGACAUAGUGCUCCGAGAAGGUCUUAACUUGCCACGUUACGAAGUUUGGAAGCGUUUGUUUCCGCUAAAUUGGAAGCGUCAAAGCAAACACGACCUGUUGGAUUAUGUGUAG